AAAAUUCACCUUGCAUGCGCAUUAUUUUGUGCGCGAAGCACGCCAUCUUGCUGAACUGAAGUCUUACAGGGGAAAAGGCCGUAAGGUCCAAAUCUAAAAACAUCCUCUCAUCCAAAGAGGAAAAUGGACCAUCAAUACGGCAUAGCAGUUAACAACAAAUUUGCGCUCUUCCUGGACGAAGAUGAAGACCCCUUAGAGGUCUUAUCAAGACAGGAGGAGCAGGCUAAGAACAAGAAAAAAGACGAUGGGGAAAAGAAGCCGUCAAAAUCGAAACAGAAGAAGCCUGCUGUACCUGAGACAAAAGCUAAAGUGCCUGAGCAGCCGGUAGUAAAAAAGGAAGAAAAAACCACACCUGCACGGCAGAAUGAGAGAGGCCGUGGUGGGAACAGAAACAGAGAGCCACGUGAAAUUAGGGACAAUGAGAAUGAUAAGCGUCCACCCCGAAGGCAGGCCCCUAAAGAAAAUCGUGAAGUGAGAGUAGGUGAUGAGAAUGUGCCCCCUGAAUUUAGGGAAAGACCAGACACUGGCUUCCGUAGAAGAGAAGAUCGUGGUGAUAGAGAAGGUGGAUUUGGUGGAGAAAGAGGACGGGGUCGUGGAAGAGGCAGGGGCAGAGGUGGUCGAGGGAGUGAUAGAGGAGGCUUUAGUGGACCUCGUGGUGGCUUUGGUGAGCGAUUGGAUAGGAAGAGGGAGUUUGAUCGCCACAGCGGAACCGACAAAACUGGUGUCAAGCCUGUAGAAAAAAAAGAAGGUGGGGGCUCUUACAAUUGGGGAAAUUUCAAGGAUGACCUAGAGGAGUCUGCACCACAGACUGAGGCCAAUGAGUGGGCUAAUCAGCCAGAGCCAGGGAAUGAAAACCCUGAUCUCAAUGAGGCUGUUGAAGGUGAGCAAGCUCCUGUAGGAGAGGCUUCGUCAAAUGAAAUGACAUUGGAUGAAUGGAAAGCUUUGCAGACUCAAAAUAAACCCAAGGCAGAGUUCAACAUCAGACAGCCUGGGGAAGGUGAAGACGGAUCUAGAUGGUCUAAGGGUCGCGAGUAUCAUAAAAAGCAUGAGGAGGAAGAAGAAGAGGAAGAAGAAUCCGAGGAAGAGGAUGAGGAGGAUCGCCAUGCUCGUGGCAAGCAUUUGGUGACAGAUAUUCGCAUUACCUUUAAUGAUCCUCCAAGGCGAGGUCGUGGUAGGCGUGGAGGCAGAGCCGGUAUGGAGAGGGGCGGCAUAGAAAGAGGUGGUCGUGGAUCCCGCGGAGGUACAAAAGGUAUGGGUGGCAAGCCCAGAGAAUCAGCCCCACGAUUCGAUGAUGAAGCUGAUUUCCCUUCUCUUGUGAAGUCUGCUGCCUAAUGGGCAAUGAAACCAAUGUUAAAUUGUUCAGUUUUUACACUGGAUAGGCUUAGUUCAAGGACAUCUUAAUAUUGGUGUACAAGAAUUAUUUUAUUUUCAUAAUCUAGGGAAAUUCGUUUCUCUAGUGCAUCUGCAGAUUCCUUUAAAACUCUUUGUAAAUAUGGUGACGACUGCCAUGGAAAAUUGGUCUUUGUUGACACUUCGCCGAGAAUGUUUUUCACUUUGAUAAUGUGUUGCAAGUAAACUUUUGCAUAAAUAUAGUUCAUUACCUCUUAUGUGAGUGGCAGACAUGUAUCAGACCAGUUAGUGUGCCAGGUAUAGUGGUCAUAUACUAAGUACAUGACCUGGUUUAAAUUUUUUGCCAGGGCAAAAUACCUGGAUAAGACAAAGACAGUAACCACUGAUGACAGUUUUUUAAGGUGUUCUAUUGUCAGGAAGUGUCCAUUUUUUCGCUUAUUCCAUGCAUCAUGUACAUUUUUGCUCCAUAUACACUUCAGUGUAAGUGCACACUGUUAUUUCUAAGAAUGUUUAUUGUAUGACUAAAACACAUCCAUCUCAUUUGUCAGUUCAUUCAUCACAGACUGCCAUUGUUCUCGUUUUAUUGGUUCUUAUCAUGUACUGUAUUUAUUUGAACCAAACAAGAUAGGUUUUUUUUAAGGUAGUUUUUAAAAGUUAGUAUUUAAUGAUGGUAGAUUUAUCAAAAUGUUUCAAAAUGUUCUAAGCAGUUAAAUUGCUAACAUCUUAUGUUUUAGUUGAUUUUAAGAUUUUACUUUUUCAAAAUUCUUAUUAAUGGAGAGAAUCACUUGUGGCUUUUAAUUUUCCUCACAUUUAUAAUAAAAGAACUUGCAACAUUGCCAAAGUGCUGCUGUCUCUAAGAAGUGAGAUUCUGCAUGGGUAUGCUGUGUGGAUGGUUUUGUUUUGCGAGAUCUCAGUCUUGCAUGUGGUAUAAAUUUUGACAGAACAGAAUGUUGCCUUCAAGGUUGUCUGUGUAUUUGUGUGAUUUGUUUUUGAAACAAAUUAAAUUAAAAAAAAAUAUCCCUU